ACUUUUAACAGGAGUUAAAUGUUCCAGCUGGCAUGUUCCUGGUGAGUCUGCGUGGUGUUUGAUCUGCGCUGUUUGUUCAGGGGAAGCCCACAUCAAAGUUCAAAUGUGGACUUUUCAGAUCAGUCUGAAACUGAACAGAACAGACCUAACACACCACAUCAAUCUACAGGAUGAGGCUCCUCAUGCUCAUCGCUGUGUCCUGCCUGCUGGCUGACCUCUGUCAAGGCGGGAUCAAAGAUCUGGGCUCCCACUUCAGCCCCCCCAGCCCCCAGCCUGACCUCAACCCUCGGAGCCUAGGCAAGGGGGGUGCCCUGGAGGGGGUCCAGGAUGUGGAGGCCCUGCCCCUGGACUUCCACCAGGAGAACACAGUGACGAGCGACAUUCCUCUGGAGGGCUACGAGGAUGAGGACUACAUCGACUUUGAUAAGAUCUUGGCAGAAGGAGGGGACGACUACAGUGAGGGGGACGAGAUAGACGAGAUUGCCACGCCGGCCCCAGACAUCGACGUGUUCUCUGAGCCAUCUGACCCCAAGGCCCGGCGUGCCCGACUUCUCCGCCUCUUCCACGGCCGCUCGCGCCUCCAGAGGAUCAACACCGUCAACGCCCGCUUCGGGUUCAACCUCUACCGCAGCCUCCGCAACCACGUCAACCAGAGCGACAAUAUCUUGCUGGCCCCCGCCAGCAUCUCCAUCGCCAUGGGGAUGAUGGCACUGGGGGCAGGGCCCGGGACCCACGUCCAGCUCUUUGAAGCCACAGGAUUUGCGGAUUUCGUCAACGCCAGUCAUCAUUAUGACAACACCACGGUGCACAAGCUCUUCCGGAAGCUGACCCACAGGCUGUUCCGGAGGAACUUCGGAUACACCCUGCGCUUUGUCAACGACCUGUACCUGAAGAAGGACGUUCCCGUGGAGGCGGGUUUCUCGACGGACAGCAAGGCCUACUACUACGCAGAACCCCAGUCGGUGGACUUCAAAGACCCUGCGUUCCUCAAGAUGGCCAACAGACGCAUCCUCAAACUCACCAAGGGGCUGAUCAAAGAGCCUCUGAAGAGCGUUGAUGCCAACAUGGCGCUGAUGCUCCUCAACUACCUCUACUUCAAAGGCACCUGGGAGAGCAAGUUCCCCAAGGAGGCCACUUACUUCAGGAACUUCCGCAUGACGGAGAAGAUCAAUGUGCGGGUUCCCAUGAUGCAGAACAAGGGCAUGUACAUGGCAGCAGCCGACCACGAGCUGCAGUGUGACAUCCUGCAGCUGCCGUACUGUGGGAACAUGAGCAUGCUGGUAGUCCUGCCCAGGAAGAUGUCAGGCAUGAGGACCCUAGAGCAGAAAAUCUCCCCCACUGUGGUCAGUAGGUGGAUUAGCAACAUGACCAAUAGGACACGCGAGGUUGUGUUCCCCCGGUUCAAACUGGAGCAGAGUUACGAUCUGAUAGACAACCUGAAGGAGAUGGGUCUGACAAAGCUGUUCCAGGACAAGGCGGACUUCUCUGGGAUGACUUCAGAGAAGAUCGGCAUCAACUGGCUGAAACACCAGGGCACCAUCACGGUGAAUGAGGAAGGCACGGAGGCGGCAGCCCUGACCCAGGUGGGCUUCAUGCCCCUCUCCUCCCAGGUCCGCUUCGUGGUGGACCACCCUUUCCUGUUCCUGGUCUACGAACACCGCACAGAUUGCCUGCUGUUCAUGGGCCGCGUGGUCAACCCCUCUCAGAGCUAGAUCCCCCCCCCUCCUGCCUGCCUCCUAACGCCCUGCCACC